CUUCCGGUGGAAGUAAACAACGAGGUGCUAGCAGCGUUAGCUUCCAGGUUUGCUUGUUCAUCGUCGGUCAGAAGUCUGUUUUUGCUGUAAACUGAAUAUUUCAGCGUCUGCAGCAACAAUAUCUUCGCUUCAUCACCAGAGAGCGAUUAACUGCUGAAUAAAUAUUCAGAACCAUCGUCCAGGAGGAGGAAGAGACCGAGCAUCAGCUCAGACUGCUGGAUAGCAGCUGGAGAACCCGAACCGGGUCAGAACCUCCAGCCUGAGGGAGAUGAGAUGCUACCUGAAAAGCUAACUCUCCGAGCAUGAGAAGCAACCAGUUUCCUUCUUAGGGAAGGACAGGAAUACUUCAUACAGAGAGUACUGGACAUUUAUUGGAGACUUGGCUGCUGCCAGCUCUUCCUCCCAGGAAAACAAGUUUGGAGGCCUUCACAGCAUCAUGUCGGUUACUACUUGGAAGGUUCUUGAUGAUCGUUUUCUCAUAACUGAAGACAAGAACUCGGCUGUUAACCACAAGAUACCCGGUCCAGUUAUAAUAAAACAGGAACCAGAACCACAGCAGAGGGCUGACACGACAGAGGAUCCAGAAUCUCAACCCAUCAAAGAAGAACACGUGGAACAGUUAAUUGUUCAGGAUGAAGGGCGGCUUUUAGUGAAGCAGGAGACCAACAGCUUUAUGGUGAGUCCUGCUUAUCAGGAAGUAUUCCACAAUGGGCCAGAACUGCAGCAGAUGAUGGAAACAAAGGAGGAACCUGAGUCUGUACGUAUUAAAGAGGAACAUGAGGAUCUCUGCAGUAAUCAGGAUGCAGAGCAGCUUGUCAUUAACCAGGACACUGACAUCUUUAUAAGGGCUCCUGUUUGUGAACAACAAGACAGCCAUGAUCUGGACCCAAACGUGGACCAGCUCCUCUCUUCACACUGCCCUGACGCUGAGAACCAACAUCAGCAAGGACGCCGUCAGAAAGACUUGGGAUCCAGUGGAGAUGAAGGUCUGGAGCCCGAGAGGAGACAUCAGGACUGCAUAAACCACAGAGACAAUGUGGAAAACUCAAAAGUAAAAAAGAGUAAAGCAAAUUUACCCUGCUGUGAAGUAUGUGGCAAAUGUUUUGCUAAGCGUAAGUACGUUACUGUCCACAUGAGAACACACACAGGGGAGAAGCCGUAUUCUUGUACAUUUUGUGGUAAAGCUUUUAUUGACCAUAGUACUAGAGCUAGACACACCAGAACUCACACGGGUGUAAAGCCUUAUCCUUGUGAACUGUGUGAUAAGUCCUUCACUCAACCCAAUCACUUGGCUCAUCACUUAAGAACGCACACAGGUGAGAAACCUUUCUCAUGUCUGACUUGUGGAAAAGAUUUCACCCAGCAGUCUAACUUGACCGUUCACAUGAGAACUCAUACAGGUGAGAAGCCCUAUUAUUGUGAGCUGUGUGAUAAAUCAUUCAUCCAGCCCAGUGGUUUGACUCGCCAUCUUAGAACGCAUACAGGCGAGAAACCUUUCUCAUGUCUAACCUGUGGGAAAGGUUUCAUCCAGCAGUCUAACUUGACGGUGCACAUGAGAACCCAUACGGGGAAGAAGCCACGAUUCACUGACUGAUUUAAAUCAACUAAAAAAGGCUAUUUCUCUUUUGCAAAGCAAAGCAUGGAGAUCAGAUUAGUGUCUAUAGUUGUACGUUUUGUUGUGUACUUGGAGUCUCUCGGAAUGCAGAAAAAUGUAAUGUAGUCUGUCCAGGAGCUAUGUAUGUAUCUUUAUAUUCAAUUUUUUAAAAUCUGUUCUGGUUUCUGUUCUCUGUUCUGCUUUUUGAACACUUGCGACACAGGUUCUGGACCUCAAACUAAACGAUUUUGCAAAUCCACUAACUUUAUUUUUAGCUGUGAUUCUGUAGCCCAAGUUCAAGGAUAGCAAAGCUACAAGUGGGUAAGUCAAAAUGUUUGUCGUUGGGUGUAUUAACCUACACAAUUUAUCACACCAUCCCCCAACAGACUGCAAAAAUGGCCGAACGGGGUGAAGUGGAACACUCUGCGACCUGGAGGGGGGCGGCGUAUGAAGUGCCUCCUUUAGAUUUAAAGAGACGGCACCAAAACAAGUUUUUCAGACGCACUUCAGAAGAGGGGCUCUGGGGGGACAAUAACCAAGAAUUCAGACUAAAGCGUUGCACUUCCACUUUAUAUAGACCACAACUAGAUGAUUUCAAUGUGAAAAGGAAGAACAGAAAGGAAAAUUCCAACUUCUCUGUUGUUGAAGUCACAGUGACAGCUACUGGACAAAUAACACAAUUUGCUCUUUGUAGAUGUUGAACUCCUUUUUUUUUUUCUUUUUUUUUUUACCUUAUCAGACCUGGGAUCCAAUCCUUGUCAGUCCAUUCCUAUUAGAAUUAAAUGCAUGAAUGUUAUGUAUGUAUGUAUGUAUGUAUGUAUGUAUGUAUGUAUGUAUGUAUGUAUGUAUGUAUGUAUGUAUGUAUGUAUGUAUGUAUGUAUGGUAUAUCUCAAAAACGUAUUAUAUCCCCUUAAUUGUUACACAAAAUCAUAGGGAAGAGCUGGAUAGUAGUGAGAUCAGUGCUGACUUUGAUGUUCUUAUCAAAAAUUUAGCUAAAUUUAACACAGGAAAUAAGUCGUCUUGUUGAUCAGUGGGAUUCCAAAAGUUGUGGGUUUGAUUCCAGCUACCUCCUGCCACAUGUCAAUUUGCCUGUUGACAAGGCACAGCGUCUGUUGCCAGGCUUGACAGAAUCCCCCGUUUGAUAAAAACUUUAAUUGAGAAUUAUAAUACAGUUGUUUGUAACUAAGAGUGCAUGAUAUGUUUGUGUGGCACGUUUUAGAAAAGUAUUGACUUUGCUGGCUAACACCCGAACCACCAAAUGAAGGAAGGCCAGCCGUCUAAUGGGAAUCUUGGCUGUACUGUAAAGGGCUUUGAUGGGUCAAAAUGUCUAGAAAAGUGCAAAAUAGAUUCAGUCUAUUAACCAUUAUUGGUGUUAAGAUAAAAAAAAAACAUCUUGAAUGUUUUAAGUCAUACUUGUUUGUAUUUUUUUUUUUUUUUACACUGCUGAUUUACUGUUUUGCAGGAAACCUCUGUUUUCAUUUUUCAUUUGGACGUAAAAUUGAACAACCACAAAGUUUGCUUUAGAGCAGCUUAUUGCCAUCAUAAAAACUUCACCAUGGUUAAUUUUUGUUCACAAAAAGACAACAACUGCUGAUGCUUUUGUCCUAGUAGGUCAGCUCAUUGUAGAGAAACUAAAACAAGUCAAUCAGGCAGUUCCACUUCACACAUAAUGCUUCUGCCAGUGUCCCGAGCAGAACCAGGACGGUGGGUCGUAUCAGAACCAGUUCUGAAAUCACUGCUCUGGCUCCCCGUUUGAUAAAUAAUAUUUAUAUUUAUAAAUUCUGCUGCUGGUUUAUAAAUUGCUGUGUGGGUUUUGAUCUUCAUAGACCUGCUUACUCUGUGUUUCCUGGACCAGAACUAAACAUUUAGUCUCAUUGCUCCUCAUCUUUUGAUCCAAAUCUUGCCUGAAAAAUGAUCCAAGCAUUUUAACUUUUGUCUCUUUUUUAUGUGAUGCUUUCAAGUGUUUGACAUGUUGAGCACUAUUUUUAAUCAAAGCUUAAAGGUUUUUGCUAUUUUAAUGUCUUUAUUAAAGCACUUUAAAUGUCCUUGUUUAUGAAUGGUGCAAUAGAAAUAAAAUG